GAAGAAUCUUCCCUAGUCUUCCUAAUGCUGAACAGAUCUUUUCGAGUUUUACAGUGGUUAUGCCCGCGGGCACAACCACGUCCGCUAUCCCAGAUCCGCACCUCCUCUCAGCUACCGCGUACGGUCCAAACGAGCUCCCCGCGAACAUACACACAAUGGAUCUCAAAGAAUCCAUUAAUACAUUCGUCUAGACGACUCCAAUCACAAACAUCCUCUCAAUGUUGUACCACUACAAACAGGCCCUUUUCAUCCUCUCCAAACCUCCAUGCGCAAAACAGAUAUAACCGCUUCGGUGGAGGAGGAGGAGGAGGAAGACAACCACUAUUUUCCCAUUUUAUCAUGCGCGCAAAACCACAACACUUUGUCGUGAUUGGUCUGGGUCUCUCAGGAAUAUACCUGUACAAUACAGAUGUAGUGGAGAUGACCGGUCGCCGUCGCUUUAAUUGUGUCUCCGCUCAACGAGAACUCCAAAUGGGCGCAGAAAGCUAUCGCGAGGUCCUUGGCUCAGAGCGUGGGAAGGUUCUACCAGAUUAUCAUCCUCUGACUAUGAUGGUCGAUCGGGUUUUACAGAGGUUAAUCCCACAAGCCAAUAUUGAGGGUGCGGAGUGGAAGGUUCAUGUUAUUAAGGAUGAUCAGAUGGCGAAUGCAUUUGUACUUCCUGGAGGCAAGGUCUUCGUUUAUACUGGUAUCCUUCCAAUCUGUGGAGAUGAGGAUGGUCUUGCGGCUGUUCUGGGACAUGAGAUUGCACAUGUCGUCGCUCAUCAUCCUGCUGAGCGCAUGAGUAAUAGUGUCCUUACACUGGGAACGGUUUUACUUGUUUCGUUUUUGUUUGAUGUGUCUGGACAGCUUUCUUCAUUCUUGUUGAAUCUGAUGUGGAGUUUGCCUAAUUCGCGGACUCAGGAGGCUGAAGCAGAUAAUAUUGGAUUGAUGAUGAUGUCCAAGGCCUGCUUUAAUCCUGAAGCUGCGGUCAAGCUAUGGCAAAGAAUGCAGAAGCAGGAGAAGGUAGCUCCGCCACAAUUCAUGUCGACUCAUCCCUCGAGCUACAAUCGUGAAGAAGCAAUCCGUGGAUGGCUUGAGAGAGCUGAGACGAUAUACGCAGACAGCGGUUGCAGUUCUUUGAAGAGCUAUAUUCAUCCACCAACUGGUCAGUUCCCCUCGUGCAAACGGAGCAAACCCACCGUCCCCGAGCUCCAAAAAUUCCCCGGCACAACAUCCAGAAUCGACAUCACACUCCCCUCAUACCAGUCGCAUCUUUCUCGGACGCGACCUUUCACAAUGUCGCUAUCAAUCCCUGGGCCCUCCCAAGCGGGUCUUUUCAAGCAGGGAUACCAGAGCCACGACGCCGAAGAUGGUGCCGUUAUCCGUAACAUCGAGGCCUGCCAGGCUAUCUCCCAGACCGUUCAGACCUCCCUGGGCCCUUACGGCCGUAACAAGAUCGUCAUCAACCACUUGCAAAAAAUGAUCUUGACCUCCGAUGCCGCUACGAUCCUUCGUGAACUCGAUGUCGUUCACCCUGCUGCCAAGCUGCUUGUCAUGGCUAGUCAGCAGCAGGAUGCCGAGAUGGGUGAUGGAACUAACCUGGUUAUUGUUCUGGCCGGUGAGCUCCUCAAGAAGGCCGAGGAGCUUAUUCGUAUGGGAUUGAAGACUAGUGAUAUUGUUUCCGGUUAUGAAAAGGCACAGAACUUUGCCCUGAAGGUUCUAGAGGAUCUCGAGGUCGACCGACUUGAGGAUAUUCGUUCCAUCCCCGAACUUAGCAAGGCUCUCCGCACUGUUGUCGCUAGCAAGCAGUCUGGUGUUGAGGAAAUCCUGGCUAACUUGGUCGCCGAGGCUGUCCUUACCGUUCUGCCUAAGAACCCCGUUAACUUCAACGUCGAUAACGUGCGUGUUGUGAAGAUUAUGGGUGGUAGCUUGGAGCAGUCCAAGGUUGUUAAGGGUAUGGUUUUUGGACGUGAGCCCGAUGGAAUUGUCAAGUCCGCUCGCAGAGCCAAGGUCGGCGUGUUCAGCUGCCCCAUUGAUAUCUCUCAGACCGAGACCAAGGGUACUGUUCUGCUGAAGAACGCCCAGGAGAUGAUGGACUACACCAAGGGCGAGGAGGAGCGUCUGGAGACUGCUAUCAAGGAGCUGUACGACUCCGGUCUGCGUGUCGUUGUUGCUGGAUCCACUGUCGGCGACCUGGCCCUCCACUACCUGAACCGCUUCAACAUUCUGGUUAUCAAGAUUCUCUCCAAGUUCGAGCUCCGCCGUCUGUGCCGUGUUGUCGGUGCUACCCCUCUGGCCCGUCUGGGUGCUCCCAUGCCCGACGAGAUGGGUCAAGUCGACAUUGUCGAGACCACUGAGAUUGGUGGUGACCGUGUCACUGUCUUCCGUCAAGAGGACGCCAACGCUGUGACCCGCACAUCGACCAUCGUUCUCCGUGGUGCUACCCAGAACCACCUGGAUGAUGUUGAGCGCGCCAUCGAUGACGGUGUCAACGUCGUCAAGGCCAUCACCAAGGACCCCCGUCUCGUCCCCGGAGCCGGAGCCACCGAGAUCCAGCUCGUGGAGCGUAUCUCUAACUUCGCUGACAAGACCCCCGGUCUGCCCCAGUACGCUAUCCGCAAGUUCGCCGAGGCCUUCGAGGUUGUGCCCCGCACACUCGCCGAGUCUGCUGGUCUCGACGCCACUGAGGUUCUCUCCCGUCUGUACACUGCACACCACCGCGUGAACCCCGCCACAGAGGAACAAGAGGAAGGCUCAUCUGAUGAGGAGGAGCCUUUCUGGACUACCGGUGUUGAUCUUGAACUCGGUAACUCGGACGGUACCCUCGAUGCUGUUGACGAGGGUAUCCUCGAUCUCCUGGCUUCGAAGAGCUGGGCUAUCCGUUUGGCUAGUGAGGCCGCUCGCACUGUGCUGAGCGUUGACCAGAUUAUUGUCGCUCGCCAGGCUGGUGGACCUAAGCCACCGGGGCCGAACCCCAACUGGGAUGAGGAUUAA